AUGGCGAUGGCAGCAAGAACAGGGAGUGGAAUGGUUGCAGAGUGGUUCACUGUAGCUGCUGCCAGGGAGAGGGAUGUCCCUCCUUGCAGAUGGAGUAAGCCUCCAGCUAUUCUGGUGAAGAUUAAUUUUGAUGGUGCAACCUCUCUUGUUCGCUCAAGUGCUGGUUGUAUCAUUAGGGACCAUUAUGGAAACUUGAUCUAUGCUCGCGUGGUCCCUUCUUGCCUGUGUUCUUCUCUGGAAUCUGAAGCCCAUGCUUUGCUGGAAAGUCUCCUUUUUGCUAUAUCCUGUGGAAUUUCCAAAGAUGUUUUUGAGGGUGAUUGUGCUACUCUGAUCAACUUCUUGUUGGAGGGUAAUGGUAUCCCUCUAUGGAGUGUGACUACACUCUUUCUCAGUUGCAAGAAUAUCAUUAAUCAUCACCCGGAGUUCUCAGUAGCCUUCUCUCCUAGAUUGACUAACAAGGCGGCUCAUGCAUUGGCUCGGUUUGGUUUGUCAUGUAAUUCAUCCUUUACUUGGUCCUCUGCUCCCUUGUUUUUAAAGAAGAUUGUACUUGCUGAUUCUGCUGAGUUCUCUAAUGAAUAUUAG